AUGCCUCUGCGCGGUCUCCGGCGCCGGGGCCAUUGCUGCGAGGCCGGGAGGACCCUGCUACGCCUCUCCCUCCGCAGAUCGUCGUCGUCAUCAUCGUCCGCCGCACCUCCGAACCAAAGUUCCAACAGCGCCGCACUCACGGCGGAGGAAGAGGCGGCGGCCGCAGAAAUCAAGAGCUCGCUCCUCAGGGCACGCAAGGGGAGCGUCGAGGACCUGGUCCGGGCCCUCGCGGCGGAGUGCUCUGAGUUCCGUCUGACGAGCGGCGUAGCGGACAGCCUGCUGCGCAGGUGCGGGGACGACUGGAAAUCCGCGCUGGGUUUCUUCCUGUGGGCGCAGUCGCGGGGCGGCGGCUACUCCCACACGCCGUACGCCUGCAACCGGAUGGUCGACCUGCUCGGGAAGAUGAGGCAGAUCGACCGGAUGUGGGAUCUGCUGUCUGAAAUGCAUUGCAGGGGGCUCGUCACUGUGGACACUAUCGCCAAGAGCAUCAGGAGGCUUGCCGCUGCGAGGAGGUGGAGGGAUGCCAUUCUGUUGUUUGAUCAGUUGGAGGACUUGGGACUGGAGAGGAACACGGAGACCAUGAAUGUGCUGCUCGAUGCGCUCUGCAAGGAGAAGAAAGUCGAAUUGGCACGUGAGGUAUUUGUCAUGCUCAGCCCACAUAUCGCACCAGAUGCUUACACUUUCAACAUCUUCGUCCAUGGGUGGUGCAGUGUGCGUAGAAUUGAUGAGGCAAUGUGGACGAUGGAGGAGAUGAAAAACAGGGGGUUCCCUCCUAUUGUCAUCACAUACACUGCUGUUCUUGAGGCUUACUGUAAGCAGCGCAACUUCAGGAGGGUCUGUGAAGUCCUUGAUUCCAUGAGUUCUCAGGGCUGCCAUCCAAAUGUGAUCACUUACACAAUGAUCAUGACCUCACUGACAAAAUGUGAAAGGUUUGAAGAAGCUCUGAGUGUUUCGGAUAGAAUGAAGUCCUCUGGUUGUAAGCCUGAUACGUUGUUCUACAAUGCCCUGAUCAACCUUCUUGGUAGAGCAGGUCAUUUGUUUGAAGCUAACCAAGUAUUUCGUGUGGAGAUGCCAAGGAAUGGUGUGCCCCGCAAUGUGGCCACUUAUAACACCAUGAUAUCAAUUCUUUGCCAAUAUGGGCGAGAUGAUGAUGCUCUCGAUGUAUUGAAAGAAAUGGAAGCACAAUCCUGCAAACCUGAUCUUCAGACAUAUCAACCACUUCUUAGACUAUUGUUUGGUAGAAGAGGGCAAGCUGGUGCCAUUCACCGUUUGUUGAGUGAGCUUCGUGAUAGGAAUGGUCUAGGGCUAGAUCUUGAUACAUAUACCCUUCUGAUCCAUGGUCUUUGCAGGGUCGGUGAAACUGAUUGGGCUUAUCAACUCUAUGAUGAGAUGGUAGGUAGUGAAAUUGUACCUAGACCUAAAACAUGCGAGUUACUUUUGCGUGAGACUCGGAGACAAAACAUGGAAGCGUACGUGGAAAGAAUUCGGAACGAUGUAAUUUCCUUUGGCCUUUCUCCGUAA